AUGAAUGACCAGUACCACCGAGCAGCCCGGGAUGGCUACCUGGACCUCCUGAAGGAAGCCACCAAGAAGGACCUGAACUCGCCGGACGAGGAUGGCAUGACCCCGACCCUAUGGGCCGCCUACCACGGCAACCUGGAUGCCCUGCGCCUCAUUGUCAGCAGAGGGGGCGAUCCAGACAAAUGUGACAUCUGGGGGAACACCCCUCUCCACCUGGCAGCAGCCAACGGCCACCUGAACUGCCUUUCCUUCCUCAUCUCUUUUGGGGCCAACAUCUGGUGCCUGGACAAUGACUACCACACCCCGCUGGACAUGGCAGCCAUGAAGGGGCAUAUGGAGUGUGUGCGAUACCUGGACUCUAUUGCUGCCAAGCAGAGCAGCCUCAACCCCAAGCUGGUGAGCAAACUGAAGGACAAGGCCUUUCGGGACGCAGAGCGGAGGAUUAAGGACUGUGUGAAGCUGCAGAAGAAGCACCACGAAAGGAUGGAGAAACGGUACAGAAAGGAGAUGUCUGAUAAUUCGGAUACCAUGAGCUUCUCCAGCUAUUCGAGCAGCACCUUAAGCAAGAAGUUCCAGCACAUGUCUAUGGUGACUUCCCUGCCAUACUCACAAGCCACCAUCCAUGGCACAGCCAAGGGAAAGACAAAAAUACAAAAGAAGCUAGAGAAGAAGAAGCAGGUGGAUGGGACAUUCAAGAUCUAUGAGGAUGGGAGGAAAAGCGUGCGGUCUCUGUCUGGCCUGCAGCUGGGGAACGACGUCAUGUUUGUGAAGCAGGGCACAUAUGCCAGCCCCAAGGAGUGGACUCGACGUAAUAUCAGAGACAUGUUCCUCACGGAUGAAGACACUGUCUCCCGUGCCAUAAGUGACCCAGGUUUGCACGUGGACUCGGCCCACUCGGAAGUCAGCACCGACUCCGGCCACGACUCCUUGUUCAACCGCCCCGGGCUGGGCACCAUGGUGUUCCGGCGCAACUACGUCAGCAGCGGGCUUUUUGGGAUCGGCCGGGAGGAUGCUGGCACGCUGGGUGAAGACAAUGCAGAUGGGGUAGGUGUCAAACUGCGGAGCCGCCUGCAGCGCUCGCCAAGUCUCAAUGACAGCAUUGGCAGUGCCAACAGCCUGCAGGAGAGGAACGCAGAGGAGCUACCCUGGGAUGAGGUGGAGCUGGGCUUAGAUGAUGACGACGAACCAGACACCAGCCCCUUGGAGACUUUUCUGGCUUCCCUGCACAUGUUUGAGUUCAUCUCCAUCUUGAAGAAGGAAAAGAUUGACUUGGAGGCCCUCAUGCUAUGUUCAGACAAUGACCUGAAAAGCAUCAAUAUCCCAUUGGGCCCCAGGAAAAAGAUUGUGGAUGCCAUCCAGAGGAGACGGCAAACUCUGGAGAAGCCAGACGUCAUUGUAGACACUGAACUGUAA